AUGCAGCCCAUCACUCUCGCAAACCUCAUCCUCCUCGUAUCGGCUCCCCUCGCCUUGGCAAAUCCGGUCGGCGAGGCGGCCUCUGCCAUCUUCGUCAGGCAAAUCAACUGCUGGAAGGCCAACUGCGGUGGCGCUGGCGAAUGCGCUGGUAGCUGGUGCUGCGUUCCUUGGCAAGCAGCUGAUGGACCGGCCUGCAAGUGCGCUCCUCCUGGUGACACCAAGUACUGUUAA